AUGUCCAACAGCAGGGAGCCCUUUGGUAAGGACUCCAAAGACAAGACGAUUCUAUUUCAAGUUGAAGCAGACAGAAUUUUGAAUCACACAGAUGAAAAUGAGGCUCAAAACAAAGUGAAUGCCGGUCGCGACGCAACCCCGUACUUGGAGAGCAGCAAAGUGGGCCGGGACGCCAUCGACUCUGCGGACGCCCUGACGGAGAUGGGCAAGUAUUUGUUUGUCGAACGACGCUUGCCGACUUAUGACAUCGCUGUCGUCAUCACCAGAUUGGACAUGUGCAGACGAAAGGACCAGCAUUCGCCGUGCAACCGAGGAACUGCAGGCUUCGCAUACGUUGGAGGUGCUUGUGUGGUGAACAAGAGGCUGGAGAAGGUCAACAGCGUUGCCAUCGUCGAGGACACUGGAGGCUUUUCCGGCAUCAUUGUUGCAGCUCACGAAAUCGGCCACUUAUUGGGAGCAGUGCAUGAUGGGACGCCGCCGCCGAGUUACUUGGGCGGACCCGGAGCAACCAAGUGCCGCUGGGAAGACGGUUACAUCAUGAGUGACUUGAGACACACGGAAACCGGCUUCCAAUGGUCCCCGUGCUCCAUUGAGCAAUUCCAUCACUUCCUGCAAGUGACGAGAGAGUGUGCUCACAGUUGUUCUGCUUUGAUGCCAAAUCCGGGUACUGCGUGUCGUACCGACCCGCCGCUGAAGUUUUGCGUCAACGGGAAAUGCGUGGCAGAGGAGGAGAACGCCAUUCCGGACUUCAACGACCUGAGCGACUCGUUGGACGGGAUCGACAGGGUGUCCGGCAGGGACUUGCCGGGUUUCCACGCGUCGGCGUCCACGCUGCAAAACGCCAAGUUCACGAGCAGGGCGCCGGACGUGGAGGUGGAACGGUCGUCCCUGGCGCCGCCCGCCAACAACAAGCGGUUCCAGUCCCCGUGGAGCAGCAAUUGGCGGAGCUCCAGCGCGAGAACCACGUUCAGCACGACGGCUGCUGAAGUCACUACUGCAUCGACGUCGACGACGACGACGACGUUGCCGGUGCUGGUGACGAGGGAGGAGAAGUCCAGUAAUCCCGUGGUGGUCGACGAGACAGACGAAAUCCACAACAGCGACGGCCGGAGCCGUCGACGCAGAAAGCCCGACGACGGGCCUGUCACUGUCGCAGUCUCGACGCGACAACACGACCCCGAGGUCGGCGUCCCGGGCCGCCACACGAAUGUGGACCUUUUCGUGAUCGCAGUGGCGGCGGCAGCACUGCUGCAGACGCCGCCGCCGUGGACACCUCGGGUUCUUCGGGGCAACCGGCGGCGGUCGCUGGUUGUGCCUAACCCGCUGACGCUUGGACGGUUCCGUCGUCGGCGGCGGCGGCGGUGGCGGCUUCACCAAGUCGCCGGUGAAGACGUCGACGUCGAGUGCGUCGCUGUCGAGCAGCAGUGA